UCGGCAGGAUGUUGAGCAGCUCUGUGUGAUGUCACCUGUCAGCUGCUGAUGUGUCUCAUGUCUCACUGUGUCUCUGUCCUGCUCAUGAUGUCAUGUGUCUCUGUUUGUCCACAGUGAAGGACAGAUGAAGGACAGGAGUCUUCCUCUGUCUCAUCUGUGUCUCUGAGUCCAUCUGAUGUCUUCUCUCAACAUUUAAACAUUUGUGUCGCACUGUUUUCAGGUUUCACUGCUGACGAAUGUGUUUCAUGUGCUCAUGGUUCAUGUGUUCACUCUGUGGUUUGACUCUGAUGUGAUUCACUGCUGACGAAUGUGUUUCAUGUGCUCAUGGUUCAUGUGUUCACUCUGUGGUUUGACUCUGAUGUGACUGAGUGAUGUCUGACAGUUUGACUCAGGUCAGGUCCUGAACAUGUGUCACUGUGUCUCUGUUUAAACAGCUCAGUGUUUCAUGUGCUCAUAUCUCAGUGUGUCACAGUGUUUCUUUGUCGCCUGGUUUCACUCACGAGACAUGUGUGGCUCAGAUUGUUCUGUCGCUGUGCAGAGGUGAGGUGACACCUUUGGUUUGACAUGUGACGGUUCCUGUUGUGUGUGACGCUGUGACGCUGUGACAGAGUGACAGUGUGACGGUGUGACAGUGUUUCAGGGUGUUAAGGUGUCACACGGUGACAGAGUGUCAGGUGAUGAUGAUGAUGCCGAAUAACUCGGAGCUUGUGUUUGUGCUUCAGGGUCUCAACGACUCUGUGACAAACCGCCAGCUGUUCUUCGCCUUCGCUCUGAUGUCAUACCUCUUCACCAUCUUCGUCAACCUGACGCUCAUCGUCACCGUCUGCCUGGAGAAAACGCUCCAUGACCCCAUCUACAUCUUCCUGUGCAACCUGUGUUUUAACGGCCUCUGCGGAGCGUCCAGUUUCUACCCGAAGCUGCUCCACGACCUCCUGGCCGAUGCCCAGGUCAUCACGUAUGCCGGCUGUCUGUUGCAGCUGUUUGGCGUUUACUGCUACGUCUUCUGUGAGUUCACCAGCCUGACCGUCAUGGCGUACGACCGCUACCUGGCCAUCUGUAAGCCACUGCAGUACCGCACGCUGAUGACGGUGCAGAGGGUGGCGCAGCUGCUGCUGCUCACCUGGUGCUUCACGCUGCUGGAGACGGCGAUCGGCAUCACGCUGACAGCCAGCCUGCCGAUCUGCCGGCGCCACAUCAAGAAGAUCUUCUGCACCAACUGGGAGGUGGUGAAGCUGUCGUGCUCCAACACCACCGUCAACAACAUCUACGGCUUCGUGCUCAUGUUCUCGCACAUCUCACAGAUCGCACUUAUCCUUGUGUCCUACACACACCUGGUCCGAGCCUCGCUCAGGCUGCAUUCCGACCGCAGGAAGUUCAUACAGACGUGUCUGCCACACCUCGCCACGCUGCUCAUCUUCACCAGCUCGCUGGUGUUUGACACCAUGUACGCUCGUUAUGGCGGUGGCGGCGGCACGCUGCAGGCGCUGCAGAACCUGCUGGCCGCAGAGUUCCUGGUGGUCCCGCCCCUCAUUAACCCCAUCAUCUACGGCAUCAACCUGCAUCAGAUCCGCUCCAGGAUCCUCCACAACUUCACCGCCAGACCCGUCAUCCAGAAACCACUUCCAUAAAGAAACCUACAGCACGCUACGGAGGCAGAUUGGUGUCAGAAUUAUAUGCAGAAACAACCCGAGUGUUAAUGUGUAAAAACAACUCACACAAAUACAGAAGUAUGAUUUUUAAACUAAAAAAAAAAAAGAAAUAUAAAACAAAUCUGUAAAAACACAAAUUUAAAUAAAUUUGCAAAUAAAUGAAAAACUGAAACCUUUUUGUGAAUCUCAAUGUUACAUUUGCAGAUUUGCAUUUUACACACUUAGUCUUUUUUUUAAAUUGCAGAUCUGUUUUAUACUUGACGUGAAAUAUU